UAAUAAUUCUAAAUAACAACAAUAACAACAAUAAUAACAACAAAGCAAAUAUAAAAAUAAAAAAGCCAUGGAAAAUUUUCCACCUCAAAAAUAUGUCAAUAAAAUAGAAACUUUUGAUACGUGUAUGAUUGAAGCUACAAAUCAGCAAGAAAUAAAUCAAUCUGUUGGUGCGCAAACUUCUAUGCAAACAGUACAAGUAAAAAAUCAAGAUAAUCAUGAAUCAUCGACAUUACAUCAACAUCAACAACAGCAACAACAACAACAGCAGCAGCAACAACAACAGCAACAACAACAGCAACAACAACAACAACAAAUGCAACAGGAUCAAACUCAAAUCACGCAAAUACAAUCAAAUAUUCAUCAAAACAUGACACUUACUCCAGUACGCUUACCUGCAAUUCUAGACGGUGAAUUCUUUACAGUAAUUCGAGUAGAGGACACUAAUGUUACAGUUAGAUGUUUACAAUGUCACAAAUUGCUUAAUGGAAAUUUAAAAUCUACGGGGAACUUUUUAAGUCAUAUAAAAAGACUCCAUCCACUCAUGAUAGAAAAAAUCAAAUGUAAAUCUAACCAAAGGAAACCUGCAAUGGUAUAUAUUGAUUUAUCUUCUGAUAAAUAUGCAGAAAUCAUAAAAACAAAAAGAAGAUACAGAAAAUACUAUAAACCAGAAGAGUGUCAACCUGGUAGCGAAGAAUUGUAUGAACAAUCUGCAGAAUGGACGGAUCAAAAUCCAGUUAUUAGAAGAAGAAAAUCAGAAGAACCUGAAUCUAAUGAUUUUUUAAAAAUACCACACAACAAUUCUAUCGUUAUGGAAGAUGAAUUUGAUGCAAUUGGUCGUAAUGUAGCGGCUAAACUUAGAAAUAUGCGUAUAGACCAAAGAAUAAUAGCGGAGAAGUUAUUAAGUGAUAUUUUGUUUGAAGCACAACUUGGUAAUCUACACAGAGAUUCUAACAUACAUGUGUAAAAGAUUUAUUUUCUAAUAUAUAUAUAUAUAUAUACAUAUAUAUAUUUUCUAUAAAUGAACUGAAGUAUAGAUAUGCUUUAAUAAAUAUCAAAAGAAUAUAUUUUUAAUAAAUUCGAACAACGGGAGCUUUAAAAGUUCUUAUGUCUAAAUAUCAACUUUUAAAGCACCAAAAUAUACAGUGAAAAAUGUAGAAUUUAUAAUAAUUAUACAAAAGCAGUAUAAAUAUCCGUAGCUGUCAGUGUAUAUAAAAUACAUUGUAAAUAUUAUCAUAUAUCGUACGCUUAUUUUGAAAAAUGAAAAAAAAAAUUUGCUGCCAGAUAUAGUAACUAUUUAUAAGUCUUUUUUCUAGAGGAAUCAUUUUUCUAUAAAUAUUAUACAUUAUAUAUCAAACGACUAUAAUUAAUUGUAAAUAA